AUGAGUAUCGAUAGCAGAAGUCCAUUGAGGAAAGACACCGUAUCUAUGGUGUUGGUCGGUAUGAUAGGAAGCGGUAAAAGUUCAACUGGCAACAACAUACUCGGCGUGGAAAGAUUCCGAAGUCGGCGUUCAUUGGUGUCUAUCACGCAAGAAACAGAUUGGGGAACAAACAUCGGUGAAAAUAACUUGAUCGUCAUCGACACCCCGCCUAUACUUCUACGCGAUGGCAGCACUAAUAGAGGGAAGGGUGGUCCAACUCCGAAGUCUGUGGCUCUAGAAAUCAGCAAGUGUACCGAAAUCGCCAACAUGGAAGGUGGUGGACUGGAUGCCAUUAUUCUGACGUUCAACAUCAAUGAUAGGCUCACGCCAGAACAUCAGAAAUGUCUGAGGGAUCUGGAACUAAUUUUUGGACCGGACAUUCAUCGAUAUUUGAUCGUUCUAUUUACAAGGGAAGAUCAGUUAUCGGACGACGGUGUUUCUUUGACAGAUUUUCUGCUAGACACUCCUGAAUUUUUAAGAAAUUUGCUUUAUAAGUGCGGUAACAGAGUAUUAGCGUUUGAUAACAAGACAAAAGAUAAAAACACUCGACAAACUCAGAUAAGUUCGUUGAUGAGUAUGAUUCACGUGAUGAAGAAGAAAAAUAACAAUAAACCAUACGACACUGAUAUAAGGAAGAACGUUGUUGCGAUGUACAGUAGCCGGAAUGAGUUGAGCCCUGGCUGCUUUGCGUGUUGCCAACAGUGUGUUAUUAUAUGAUUACAAAACACUUCGAGAUUGCUUGGAAUACUACUACUGCAUUUCAGUUCAAAUAUUUUGUUUUGCUUACCAAUGAUAUUUCGAUAUUUGCUUCACAUGAAUGUAAAUUCAGUAUAUGUUUACCUAAACACCAAACCCGUGCCACUGCUGUGAUAUUAUCAUGUCCAAUUAUCAAGACAUAUAAAAGUUACACAUUAUAUAUUAACCAACUUAUUCAAGAUUUAGUCAAAUCUCCAGCUAGUAAAAUAUUGGUUUUAAAUAUG